UAAUGUGUUUUGAUUACUCAGCAAAUCAUUAUAAUUAAUAUUUAAACAAUAAUUUAAACUUUUCUUAUUAAAUUACUUAUACUAAUUUAAGUAAUAUAAUUAAUAGUUAUGUCUGACCAAACCACGAAUAGAACUAAUUGUUGUGUAUAUGGCUGUUCGUCGAGAGCUGACCGGGAUAAAGAUAAACAUUUCAUUUAAUUCCAAAACAAGGUUCAAGAACAGUCAAAAUUGUAAACAAGCUUGGUAUAGAGGAAUUGGUCGACAUAAGAAAGGCUUGGGAUAAGAUGUUAAAGUCUGGAAAAAAAUUAACAAAUGCCAUGAAAGUAUGCUCCAAACAUUUUUCAAAAAACGAUUACAUACUACCAGAUGUUCCAUGUAAAAAAAAGACAUUAAAGAAAAAUGCAAUACCCUCAAAAAAUUUGCCAUUGCAAUUACCUGUAAAUGCAUAUGUACAAAAUAGAAUUCAAAGAAAGAGAGAUAGAGACAUAUUGGAAGAAACACCAUCAACUUCUGAUUCUUUUUGCCAAUCUAAUGAAGAGAAUAUUAUAAUAGAAGCAAAUGAAGAAAAUCCUAAAAUAGUAGAAGAAAUAAUUAGUGGUUUAUCCCAACCUACUUCACAUUUACAAACAUGUAAAUGUGACAAGAGUGUACAGGUAAAAAGUGGUGAUUUUAUUAUUCCUUUUGUCAGUAUAUUUGACACAAACUGUAAGUUAAAUACUGCAACUGGACUUCAUUCUAUUGAACUACUUGAAACAAUUGUGUCUUUAUAUGACAAACACAAUUGUACUAGAAGAUCCAGAAAAUUAAGUUCUAAAGAAAGGAUAAUAUUGACGUUUAUGAAAUUGAAGUUAGAUGUUAGUUAUGUAGUGCUUUCAAUUUUAUUUCGUACCAUUUCUUCACAAACUUGUAAGGAUAUUUUUCAAGAAACAAUAUUGUAUUUAUCAUUGAUUUUAAAACCAGCAAUACCGUGGCCUUCAAAAGAAGAAUGUUUGAAAAACAUGCCUAUAUGUUUUAAAUUAUUCCAAGACACACGAAUUAUCAUUGAUUGCACUGAAAUGGAAAUUCAAAAACCUAAAUGUCUUUGUUGUAGAAUAAGAACAUACUCACACUAUAAAGGAAAGCAUACAGUAAAAUUUUUAACUGGUAUUAGUCCUGGAGGUAUUUUAAUUUUCAUAAGUAAAGCUUAUGGAGGUCGAGUGUCAGACAAAGCAAUAUUUGAACAGUCAGAUUUAAUAAAAAAAUUAAUACCUGGGCAAGACGCCAUAAUGGCUGACAAGGGAAAAAGAAACAAUUUUCGAAGGAUGAAGCUACUACAAAUGUUGCAAUUGCAUCAGCCAGAGUUCACAUUGAGCGCAGUAAUCAACGAUUAA